CAACAAUGGCGAAAGCCUCACUAACUCUCUCAACUAUCUCUCUCCUCUUCCUCUCUCUCGUCUCUCUCGCCGCCUCCUUCCCCGCCCAAACAGUCGUGAACGCCGUCGACACGCUCUCCAACUCCGGCUACAUCGCCAUGUCACUCACUCUCCAGCUCACCUCCAACACAUUGCUCACGCCUCAGCGCCGCUCCGCCACCGUGUUCUCGCCGCCCGACGCCGCCUUCUCGUCCUCCGGCCAGCCGUCGAUCUCGCUGCUCCAGCUCCACUUCGUCCCCGUCGCUUUCUCAAUCGACGGCCUUAAGUCUCUCCCGUACGGCACGAAGAUCCCGACGUUCUCGUCAUCUCACUCGCUCACUAUCACCACACCGGCCUCCGACAACUCCGGGAACGUGUCGCUGAACAACGUCAACGUCACCGGAUCGCCGAUCUACGACGACGGAGCGCUGGUGAUAUUCGGCGUGGAGAGAUUCUUCGACGCCGAGUUCACGCCUUUAUCGCCGAUACAGAGCCCUAAUUCGGACUUAGGAUGCGUGAUGAUGAAGGAUUAUCCGAGAUUAUCGUCAGGAGGAUACUCGUUUCGAGAAGCUUCUGGAAUGCUGAGGUCUCGCGGCUACGCCGUGAUGGCGAGCUUCCUCGAUUUGCAGUUGUUAGGGUUUUUAGGCGAGCCGAAACUUACGGUUUUCGCGCCUGUUGAUGAAUUGAUGAUCGAGAAGGCCAAUAAUUUCGCGGACUAUUAUUUGUUGUUUUUGAGGCAUGUUGUCCCCUGUAAGCUUUCCUGGACCGAUUUAGCGAAUGUCGAAAACGGAACGGAAUUGCAUACUUAUUUGGAAGGGUUUAAUUUGAAUGUAACGAGAUCAGAUGAUUUGUUUAUGGUGAAUGAAGUCGAGGUUACCUUUCCUGAUAUGUAUUAUAGUGAUUGGCUUGUUGUUCACGGCGUUCGUCAAAUUCUCUCGUUGAGGACUAAUUCGGAUGAAGAGGGGAAUGUGCCUGGUGAUGAGAGGAUUAGCGGUGAUCAGAAUCCAUCGAUUGUGCCUCAUGAUGAGAGGUUUGGGAGUGAUCAGAAUCCGUCGAAUGUGUCUGAUCAUGCAAGGGUCGCCAGUGAUCAGAGCUCGUCAAUUGCACCUGAGAGCGCGAGGGUUGGAAGUGAUCAGCACUCUCCAAUGGCGCCUGGCUCAUCGUUAAGCUCGUGAUUGCAAUGCAGGUCUGAAGAUCACUAGUAAUCCCUGUUUUCGGGUGUAAAUUGGCUGUGUAGAUGAUUGCAUUGCAUUGAUAGGCUGUCAAUUUCUGUGAUUGAUGUAUCGUUCUCUGUUAUCAUUGUAUAAGAAAAUUGUUGUUGAUUGUAUAAAACAUUUGCUGUAGUUUCUGUAAAGUGAACAAGUAUGCUUGUUUCAGAGAAUUCAAAU